AUGAGUUCAAUUUGCUGGAACUUCCGUGGACUUGGUGACCCACAGACAGUUCGUGAAGUUUUGGCCUUAGAAAUGAAGGUCAAGCCGAUGUUCAUAUUUUUAAUGGAAACUAAGGUGCGUCGUGAUCCUGCAGAAAGAUUGAGAAUGAAACUUAAUUUUGAUGGGCUCUUCUAUGUGGAUGUAGGUGGUCUGGGAGGUGGUUUAGCAUUAUUUUGGCGCGAAAUGGGAGUUGCAAGUCUUAUAAGCUAUUCCAAAAAUCACAUUGAUGUCCAUGUGCCGCUGCCUGGCAGCGACCCAUGGAAAUUAACAUGCUUUUAUGGAUUCCCGGAAAGAAGCCGCCGUCAACAAUCUUGGGACCUAUUGAGAUCUCUUCAAUCUAAAUCUGAUUUGCCGUGGCAAGUGGCCGAUGAUUUUAAUGAUAUUGCAACCCCCAAUGAGAAGCGUGGUCAGCACCCCCAACCUACGUCACUUAUUAGUGGGUUUAAUUAUAUGUUAGAGGAUUGUGGCUUUAUUGAUCUUGAUGUCAUCACGUAUGACCAUUCGGCUAUACACAUCGAAAUCAAAGGACCAAGUAUUGCGAGACAGCGUCGCAAGUUCAUGUUUGAAAAUGCAUGGUUGAAAGAAACAGGGUGCAAAGAUAUUGUAUUGGGAGCGUGGAAUGCAUCUGUUGGUGAUAUUGUUCCUUCCCGUCUAAAUAUUUGUGGGGCUUCUCUUAAGAGUUGGGGUGGUAGCUUCACAAAAAGGACCGAAAAGGAGAUUGCUCAUCUUCAAUCACGACUGAAUGAUUUGAGGGAAAAGUGUGAUGCAAACUCUCUUAAUUUAUUCCGUGAUGUUUAUGGUAGAUUGCAUGAGCUUUACGACCAACUAAAUAUUUUCUGGCGUCAAAGGGCAAAAACAUACUGGUUAAUGAAAGGGGAUACUAAAGGGGUCUGCAUGGAUAAUAUGCUACGUGACUUUGUUCCUAAAAUAUCUGUUGCGGAUAACAACAAUCUCCUAUGGCCUUUUAUUGUUGGUGACGUUAAGGAUGCAUUAUUCAGUAUGGACCCGGAUAAAUCACCGGGUCCUGAUGGUUUUAGUCCAGCAUUCUUCCAAUAUUUUUGGAGUGAAAUUGGUGAUGAUGUGGCCCGGUUUAUUAUUGAUUGUACGAAAGGGAGUCAGUUUCCAGAAGGGAUGAACGAUGCAAUAAUCACUUUAAUUCUUAAGAGGACAGUGCCUACUACUAUGGGUGAGUUGCGUCCAAUCGCACUAUGCAACGUUAUUUAUAAGAUCCUUUCAAAAAUGUUGGCAAAUAGACUAAAGGAGAUUCUAGAGAAAAUUAUAUCACCAUCUCAGAGUGUUUUUUUAUCGGGAAGUCUUAUUACCGAUAAUGUGUUUGUUGCCUCGGAGGUUAUUCACUAUUUGAAUCGCAAGAGAGGAGGUAGAGAUGGAUGGUGCGCUCUCAAGUUGGACAUUGCUAAAGCAUACAGAGUUAGUGUUAAUGGUGAACUAUCCGACUUUAUUGUUCCAUCCUGUGGUCUAAGACAAGGGGAUCCCUUGUCCCCAUACUUGUUCAUUUUAUGCGCAGAAGGCCUAUCCCAUUUAUUAUCCAGCGCAAUGCAGCGUGGUGUUAUUUCGCCAUAUAUUGUAGUAAGAAGGGCACCCAGAAUUUCACAUUUGUUUUUCGUUGACAACAGUCUUCUCUGCUUUAAAGCUACGGUGGCGGAGACAAAUGCAAUAAAGAGCUGCUUAACGUGUUACGAGCGUAUUUCGUGCCAAGUAGUAAAUUAUGGUAAAUCUUGUAUUAUUUACAGCAAGAAUACUGAAACGGUAAGAAGAAAUGAUGUAGUGGUUGUUUCUAAUGUUGAGCAGGCUGGUAAUAUCUGGAAAUAUCUUGGUUUGCCAAUUGGGAUAAGACGCAAUAAAAGAGAGGUGUUUUCCAUCAUUGAAACUAAGCUGAAUCAACACUUAGGAGGAUGGCGUAAGAAGAUUCUUUCUCGUGCUGGGAAAGAAGUUCUUCUUAAAAGCGUUGCCCAAGCGCUACCAACCUAUACUAUGAGCAUAUACUUUUUACCCGGUGAAAUUCCAAAGGAAAAAUCCUGCUCUAGUAGUUUUACAAAUACUAAUUCUGGCGAAAGUUCUUCAAAGGAGAAUAGUUCUGGAAGUUUAGAGGAAAACCCAAUCCUAGUAGUGCUGGUGAAAGUUCAAAGGAAAAUAGUUCUGGAAGUUCACCGAGGAGAGAAAUUCAGUUGUAGUAGUUCUUUGAAGGAAGGACAGGAAGUUUUCCAGUGCGGUUACUUUAAAAGGAUAGGGAAUGGAGCUGAUAUGAAUGUUUGGAAUCAGCCAUGGUUACCAAAUGAUGAGAACUCAUUCAUCCAAACCCCUAUCCAGAAUCACGGUGAGAAUAUGAAUGUCAAUGAUCUGAUUCUAAAUGAUACACAUGACUAUAACGUGGAGUUGCUCAACAGUUUGUUUGACAACCGUGAUGUUGAACUCAUUAUGAAGAUUCCGGUUUCUUGCAACUUUGAAGAUCAUUGGUGUUGGAAGGGAGACCUACGUGGUUUAUACUUUGUCAGUCGAGGAUAUCGUCUUUUGUCCGGGGAAGUCGCUGGAGGAAAUCGUAAUGGAGCAUGGCAGGCCAUAUGGCGAUUGAAAAUCCCUCCAAAUAUUCGGAAUUUCUUGUGGCGAUAUCUUCAUGGUGUUGUACCUACGUUAGUAGGGUUACCUAAACGUCGGGUGGAGGUAGAUACUGUGUCGAUGAAGAAUUUGGUUGUUGGCUCUCAAAUCGUCUGUUGGAUAGUGACAAGUCGAUGGCUCCUUAAUGAAUGGCACGAUCUAGAUGAGACAGUGGCGCCCAGUGAUACUCAACAUAUGGCUACUCCAGAAGUUAUGACUAUUAUUCCAAACGAUGGAGUUGCGGUGUACGUGGAUGCUACGGUAUUUCCGGCCUCUGGCCAUGCCAGCUAUGGAAUUAUCAUUCAUGACUGCAUGGGUAAUUAUGUUGAAGCCAAGAAUUGUAAUUUAUAUUGUAAUUAA